CGUUGAUUAAGCGAGAAAGCGAGACCGCACCCUGUGACAAGAUGGAGGACGAGUCCUCUCGGAGCAGCACACCUAGCCAGGAUUCCUUUCUUGCGUUCACUUUCUCGUCGCCGCUGGGCCCGGGAAGAAGCCAACCGUCUCCAGUAACGACGGCCGGCACAUUUUCAAGAGCUCCUCGGGAGCCACGCAGGAAGGUCGACGGUAAGCGCGGGUUUGCACGCAGCAACUCUCAACAGGGCCUCGGCAUUGACUCGACCUUGCAGGUGCUUUUGUGCAGUUUCUCAUCGAUUAUGCUGCCAAUGACACCGAGUGUCCGCCCCUGUUCAAAGCAUACUUGGAAGAGGUGGUACUCAGGCCCGGCAUCGACGAUCUGGCACUUAAAACUGAAUACGUUGAGUACCAUUUGCGAAACCCCGACAUCAAGAAGUACAAUCUCGGAUCCGCGUUCCUCCGUGAGCUCGAGAGAUACACCAUCUACGACAACCUCUACCCGGAAAGCGGCCCCGAGGGUGCUUUGCCAAGUGCCCCUAUUCCCGAGCACUACCAGCCGAGGGUUUACAUCUGGCCUGGACAAGCCAUCGACCCCGGACCCGUUGUUGACUCGGUCGCAAUUGAGGACCUCGAGCCCGUGCUCUCCGAGGAGGAAGACGAAGGGUAUGGGGGCCGGGGACUUGAGCCGAGGGAAAGGGAGGGAACCGGGGGUGCUCUCAACCUGCCGCGACCUCUUGGAGAGCGGAGGCCGCCGCAUCGGGCUCCCAGCGCCCCAUCUGCUGCAUCUCGUCGGUCGAGGAGCGCUGCCGGGGCCGCGAGGGCGGCUCAGGGGGCUGGCGAGGGGACGCUCUCCGCAUUGUUGCGCAGACUGCAAUCCAUCGACGCUCUCCCCAGGACUGAAGAUCCCAACGGCAGGGACGACAUGAUGAACCGCACUGGCCCAGACUGGGAAGUCGACUCGUGGUACAAGGACCGGCGCCAGCCGCCCCUAGCAGUCCGGCUCGAUACCAUCGUCAAGUUCCUCGCCGAAGAGGACGUGGACCGCUGCAUGCACUGGGAAACCAAGCUGGCCGAGAUCGUCUCGUAUCUGGAGUGGCUUGCCCACGACGACGACCGACACCAGUUGCAGGACGCCAGUGCCCAGACGCGAGCCAUGUUCAACGACGCCGUUCUCAAGGCCAAGGCCCACGUGCUGUUCGAGAGGCAUCACUACGAGCCCACCCCCCUCGAGAUUACCAGACCGCCGAGCGCACCGCUGCGGUCCACGCGGCUCAACUGGAUGACCGACACGCACGGCUGGCCGCUCCCAGGUCGCAACCCGGUCCCUGACCGCAGCGACCUGCUGCCAAGGCCGAUCCCUCCACGACCCUCGAGCCCCGUGAACAGGAUGCUCAUCGACAAGCCCGACGGCGGCGCCAGCUUCGACAAGUUUGUCGCCGACGAAAAGGAGUGGUGGCAGCGAGUGCCAGGCGGCGAUGAUGAUGCUGAUCACGACAACCUCGCCUACAUCGAGGCCAAGUCCUUUGACUCGUUCGUGCACGGCGACAACAUCGGCUGGAUCGUCACGGACCCGGCCACGGGCCAGACGGCGCUACCCGACGGCACCAGCCUCCUUCCCGGCAGCCCCCGGAGCUGGGCCCUGGAACGCGGAGCCCGCCGCGCGGGGCUGCAGCAGAUGCUCCGCGCACUGCCCACGGGCCAGCCGCCCGAGCUGGACACGCCGUGGCGGCGCCUCGUGCUUCCGACGCCAGCCUCGACGAUCCGCGCAGCCUGCGAGCGCGCCGACGGGCCGCAGUGGACGCCGCCGCGCCUGAGCGCCGACCAGCUCCCCGCAGAGCUCGAGACCAUGGCGCACACGGUGGCGUACCGCGCGCGGCUGGCGCAGAUCAAGCGGAUGCGCGAGCUGGCGCGCCUGCGCGUCGAGGACGAGGGCGCGCGCGACCGCCGCUGGGUCACGCUGCCGCGGAACGUCGUCAACGGCGGGCCGUUUGUCUGGCGCAUGCUGGACCCGGACGCGCAGGCGGGCCAGGACCUGCUGCGCCAGUGCCGCGUCGUCAUGGAGGUGCUGCGCGCGGCGCUGCGUCGGGUGCCGCGGCCGCUGCUGGAGGCUGUGGUCGGGCUCGCCGAGCGGGCGGCGAGCGGGCAGUUCUGGGAGGAGGGCGUGCCCGCGGGCCUGAGGCUGGCGGAUGAUGAGUGGGACCAGGUCGGUCGAGGCAGGCUGCCGAGACUGCUGGACGCCGAGGAGGUCGAGUGGCUCAAGUUUCUUGCGGGCGAGUGCGUCAACAGCAAGAACUGGACAGGCCGGUUCGUCCCCGACACGCCGAGGGACAAGUACCGGCUGUUCCUCAUCUUCGCGGCGCGGGUGCAGAAGCUGCUGCACGAUAAGAAUCCCGAAGGGCUCUUCAGCCGGCACGACGCCCAGGUUACCGUUGAGGAGCUGCUGCAGGCCGUCAAUGCUGGGACGGGCAACAGUGCUGUGACCAAGUGCGAGUUCCAUCCCUUUGAUGCGUGCAGCUGGCUGGACCGGAUGAAGGAGAGCGGACACGUCAGGUUCCAUCUUGAUCCCACAUGCUAUGGUGUCGUCCAGCGGCCCCGAGUUGAGUACUUCCCCGAACACCGCGUGGUCUGGCCCACGGAAGCAGACAACCGCGAGCGGCCGAGCCACCUCGGCUACAUCGCCGACUGGAGCAGCAUCGUCCCGGCCGGGCAUAAACCCGACGUCAGCGAGAGCAGUGCCAUCGGCAACUUCUUCCGCUCCCUAGCCUUCCGCCUCGGCUACACCAUCUUCGCUCUCGAGCAAGCCCACUCGAGCCAAACGUCCCCCAUCCAGCCCGUACCAACCCAGCACCUCCGCUCGUCCAUCUCCAAGUGGGCGCACGCCUGUGCCACCAUGGAAGGCGCCGACGCCGAGCCGAGCCGCGAGGAACUCGCUCUCAUCCGCAGCCACAUCAUCGCCGAAGCCAGCGCCAACGAAACGAUGCUCGCGCCAGGCCGCGUCCACCACUUCUUCGACGCCGAGGGCAACCCGCAGACCACGCUCGUCCGCGACCACAACUGGGACUGGGCAUCACUCCCGACGACGUCGACGACCACCACCACCACCACCACCACCAACCGACAGCGCCGCCCCCGGCGCCAGUUCUGGUCCGUCGACCGCUGGCCGCUCGGCACCGGAUACCUGUCGGACGCCACCGAGCGCGCCAUCGCCGACGACGAGCACCUCGACCCGCGCAUGACGCACGACCCGUUCGCGUCGGACCCGACAGACAGGCGGUACAUGCGGCCGAAGCUGCAGCCGUACCGCGAGGAGAAGGUGCUCUUCCGGCCGGGGCCGGCCGUGUACCCCGUCGGCGACACGCGGCUGCAGCGGGAGACCCUGGAGGCGCGCAUGACGGAUAUGGUGGCGCAGGCCAUCGGCUUGGACACGAACCAGCACACUUGGGGCGACACCCUGGCACGGCUGAACCCCUUCUCGCGGCCCUCGUCGAGGGCCGAGGAUCGGAGAGACGGCGGCAAGUUGCCGCCGGUCAACCCGAAGGCGGUGCCGAAGAGUUGGGAUCCCCGCGAGGAAACGGAGAAAUUGCAGCCAGAGGAAGCGCUCACGGGUGAAGAAGAAGAGGCUGACGAAGGCGAAGCCGAAGACGAGACUCCGAGCGUGGACGUGGCGAUGACGGGGGUGGGCGAGUCAUGGAUGGCGGCGACGGGCUUGACUUAGGAGGGUCGAGUGCUUGCCAUCCUCUUCU